AUGUUCCCCCUCCCCUCCCUCUCAUUCCCUGUCACAGAGUGUGAGCAGGGUCGUUUCGGGGUGGGCUGCACCCAGUCAUGUGACUGCGAAGGGGACACCCCAUGUGACCCCAUGACCGGCCGUUGUCUGUGCCCCCCAGGGAAGAUGGGCACGCGCUGUGACACAAGUAGUUGUUUGCUUCUUUUUAUUUAUUUAAUAUCUAAGUAGUAUGAUUCAGCAACAUCCGUUUCCUCAAAGGACUAUGGGGUGAAUCCUAACUUAAGUCAAAUGUUCACUUAGUCUCCCAUUAACAUCAAUGCAGUUAGACUUAAGUCAAAGUAAGGAUUUACCCCUAUAGGCCAAACAGCACCAUAAUCUAAAAGUGUUGUCACAAUUCUUGUUUCCCUGUCUGGGCUUUGUCCAGAUUGUCCAGUGAACCGUUACGGCCCGGACUGUUCUGAGAGCUGUGAGUGCAGGAACGGGGCGUGGUGUGACCCACGGAACGGCCGCUGCACCUGUCUACAAGGCUGGAUAGGACCCACC